AUGGCGAUUAAUUUAGUUGUGGAAGGGUUUACCUUGAACAUUAUUAGUGCUUACGCGCAACAAGCGGGCUUGGACGAGGAGGAGAAGAAGCGCUUCUGGGAGGAUUUGGAUGAAGUGAUGGGAGGUAUACCGCCCACCGAGAAGUUAUUCAUAGGAGAAGAUUUCAAUGGACACAUCGGCUCAACCUCGGGGGGUUAUGAUGAAGAGCAUGGAGGUUUCGUCCUCGGAGUCAGGAAUGGAGGAGGAGUCUCACUUCUAGAUUUCGCUAAAGCCUUUGGAUUGGCAGUAGCCAACUCGCGUUUCCCGAAGAGGGAGCAGCACUUGGAGGAACUGGAUUUGGUAAAGGCCGAUGCUACGGGCUUGGCCGAGAGGAACCGGCUGCUCGAAUCUGAGACUGCCCUGUACAAAGAGCGCAUGAGGACGUUCGACGAGAAAGCUGAGAAAAGGGCCCAGAUGUAUGAGAACCUGAAAACCGAGCUUGCAGAGGCGGUUAAUGCCAAUGAUGCUCUCAAGGUCGAGCUCGAGACGGCCACUCGAAGGCAAGAUGCCCUCGAAGAGAACCGGGGUGUUCUACUGUAA